UUACACUCUGGACGUUGAUAAGAACACUGUUAAAUUUUUGUAUUAUUGUUUUUUUUUGUUUGUCACCAACGGCCGUUCGGUUACGCCGUUUUCGAAGUUUAGAACUGAAAAAAAAAGCCCAACAAUCGUUAUGCAACACUCGUUCGGUUUGUGACACGAGAAGUUGUCCGUUUGUCCAAGUCGCCGGUCAUUGUAUGAACCUGAGAGGAAGUCUCGAGUCGCUGAUACGACGUCUUUGAAAACCUACCAAACUUGAAGAUAUCGUUCCAAAGUCUAAAUCGACAUUAUGAUGUCUCCUCCGGUCCAGCGAUUUGCCAAGUUCAAGCCAAGGAAGCCAUUACGCUCGCACUUGGCACGAGACUGACAUCGAUCAGGCCCCGCCAGGCCGUCGAUAUUCAAAUCGUUUCUUGCCAUCGACAUUUGCCAUUACUGAUAAUGCUCUAGAAUGAUAUUAUUAUGCAUUAUACCAGUAUUGUUGAAUUUAUCAUUUGUUUUCGGGUAUCCAAAUUUAAUAUACACGACCAAGAAGGAUAUCCGUACGGCUAAUAUGUCUAAAAUUAAUAAUAAAAUAAAUAUUAUUGUUAAUGACUUAUCAGAAGGUGUUGCAAUUGAUUUCUAUUACAAAGGUUCGCUGAUUUGUUGGACAGAUCAUGGACAAGAAUCUAUCCAAUGUGUUACUUUCAAUGGAACUCACGUUAAUAACAGGGUAGCAAUUUUAAAUUCUGGUAUCCUAACACCUGACGGGUUAGCUAUUGAUUGGUUGACUAAAAAAAUAUAUUGGUCCGAUGGAGAUACAAAUAAAAUUGAAGUAGCAUCCUUAGAUGGUAAACUUCGUAAGGUGCUAUACUGGGAAGAUAUCGACCAACCUCGUUCUAUAGCUUUAGUUCCUAUGGAUGGCAUAAUGUUUUGGACUGAUUGGGGAGAAGUACCCAAAAUCGAACGAGCCGGAAUGAAUGGCGAUUUGUCGACACGCAAAGUGAUAGUUAGUGAUAACAAGAUAUUUUGGCCAAAUGGAUUGACAAUAGACUUCCAAAACCGACAGGUCUACUGGGUCGAUGGAAAACUUGGAUUUAUCGAUGUGAUGGACUUUGACGGGAGAAACAGAAAGACUAUUCUUGAGAAAGGCAUACCGUAUCCGUUUGGUAUUGCUUUGUAUCAAGAUAAACUAUAUUGGACGGACUGGAACACAUGGUCGAUUAAUGUAGCUGAUCGUAAGGGAGGAGGCAGCCGUGAAUUAAUCCAUAGCAAUUUAGCGCCGAUGGAUAUUAGAGUUUGGGAUCCUGUACGACAGCCAGACAAACUUACUCCGUGCGAUAAAAACAAUGGUGGAUGUUCAGACUUGUGUCUGUUAGCGCCCAGUUCUCCUGGAUACUCGUGCGCUUGUCCUACAGGAAUCAAACUUGUUGAUCAUCACAACUGUGACGAUGGUGUUCAAGAAUUGCUCUUAGUUGUUCAAAAAACUGAAAUUGGCCAAAUAUCAUUAGACUCUCCAGAUCAUUCAAUAAUGACCAUACCCCUUUCUGCCUUAGCUCACGCUAUCGCUAUCGAUUACGAUCCUGUGGAAGGCUACAUUUAUUGGACUGAUGAUGAAAACAAAAUGAUUCAACGAGCGAAAAUAAAUGGUAGUAGCCAAGAAGUCGUUUUGUCUAAUGAAGUAGAUCAUCCUGACGGAAUAGCAGUUGAUUGGGCCGCUCGUAAUAUUUACUGGACCGACACUGGGACAGACCGAAUUGAAGUUGCUAGAUUAAAUGGAAAACAUCGAAGGGUGAUUAUUGCUAAUGAUUUGGUCGAGCCUCGAGGAAUUGCCGUAGCACCAGAGCUUGGUUGGCUUUUUUGGUCAGACUGGUUUGAAAGGCGGCCCAAAAUCGAACGUUCCAAUUUCGACGGAAGUGACAGAAUGAUUCUUGUCACAGAAGAUCUUGGAUGGCCCAACGGUAUUACUUUGGACGUAAAAUCGAAAAAUCUCUAUUUCUGCGAUGCUAAAACUGAUAGGAUUGAAGUAGUUAAUAUGAACGGUGAAAAUCGCCGAGAACUAGUAAAUGAAAACUUACCACAUGUUUUCGGAAUAACUUUAAUGGGUGAUUACCUGUAUUGGACCGAUUGGCAACGACGGGCCAUUGACAGGGUUAAUAAAAACACCGGAUCAGAUCGCACAGUUAUUAUAGAUCAAUUGCCUAACUUAAUGGGAGUAAAAGCUGUAAACCAUAAGGAUCCAUUGACUUUCAACCCGUGUUAUGACAACAAUGGAAACUGUAGCCACUUAUGUUUUUAUAAACCUAAAGGAGACUACAGUUGUGCUUGUGAAAUAGAAUACGAAUUGGCCUCAGAUGGAAAGACGUGCAUAUUGCCUAAAGCGUUUUUAGUGUAUUCGAGAGACGAUCAUAUUGGUUUGUUAAGUAUUGAAAAUACCCAGUACACCGAUACCAUUCCUGUAACCGGUUUGAAAGGAGUUAGUGCUGUUGAUAUUGAUGUAUUAAACAAACGAGUUUAUUGGGCAGAUAUCAAAUUAAAAACAAUAAAUAGAGUAUUCCUUAACGGAUCAACGCCAGAAAGGAUAAUAGAGUUCGGUCUUCAAUCUCCUGAAGGUUUGGCCGUUGAUUGGAUUGGCGGUAAUUUAUACUGGUGUGAUUCUGGUACAAGAAGAAUCGAAGUCGCUAGACUAGACGGAAAUAUGCGCAAAGUACUGCUAUGGAAUGAUAUAAAAGACCCUAAAAAUUUACUACUCGAUCCCAAAAAAGGAUUUAUGUACUGGAGCGAGUACGACGGAAUUACUGGUUCUAUUCACAAGUCUUCAAUGGACGGCGAAGGAAAACAGUGUUUAGUCAAUAAAAUAGGAAAAGUCAUGAGUAUAACGACAGAUUACGAUCACGGACUAAUUUAUUGGACUACUUUGACACCAAGUAGUGGAUCUGUGGAAAGUAUUGACUUAGAAGGAAAACGACAGAAUAAAAUAGCGACUGUUACAUACGGAUAUCCAUCGGCUAUUACAUAUUUUAAUGGUUUUUUAUAUUGGUUCGACUGGACAAAUGGGUCAUUUUUCCAAAACAAUAUUCACAGUGGAGAAACCGUGGAGAAACAAAACAAAGUUUAUUUGAAUAACGUUACUGAUUUGAUUACUUACGACAAACAAAGCCAAACUGGAACGAAUCCGUGCGUAGACAACAAUGGAGGUUGUCAGCAGUUGUGCCUCGUAAAAGGUUCUUCGGAAAGCCAUGUUCCAAUGACUUAUCACUGCUCAUGUGAAACCCACUUUACUCUGUUUAAAAACAACACUUGUCUGGCCCCAAAUAGUUUUUUAAUUGUGGCUCAGAAAACAACAUUUUAUCGAGUAGUCAUGGACAUUGAAGACUCUUCGGAUUCGUCGCUUCCUGUAAUUGGAUUGAAACAUGUCAAAGCUGUCGAAUACGAUCCGAUAUCUCACAUGAUUUAUUGGAUUGAUAGUCGUACCCAAUCGAUUAAACGAUGUCACGAAAACGGUUCGAAUCCAAACACGUUUAUAAAAAACAACGGAAAUACAUUCGAUUUAUAUGAUCUUGCGUUGGAUCCAUACAAUAGACUACUGUUCUGGUCGUGUUCAGUAACAGACACUGUUAACGUUACUCGGUUGACAAACAGCAGCUUUCAAGGUUCAAUAUUCAAAGCUUUCGACGGAGAAAAGCCACGAAAUUUGGCUAUACAUCCAGAAAAAGGGUAUAUAUAUUGGACGGAUCUAGGAAGUCAACACAGAGUAAUUCGCUCUCGAAUUGAUGGUCAGCAGAAGGUCAUUAUUGCAUCGGAUUUAUUAUCACUUGAAUCGCUUACCAUCGACAGGGUAAAGAACAUGGUGUAUUUUUCAUAUUCCAGUAAAAUUGAUGUGUGCGAUAUCCAUGGCUAUCAAAGGCGAACAUUGAUAUCAUUCGAUGGUAGUCAAAUAACCAAUAUAGCCGUACUUGGUCCAUAUUUGUAUUGGAUAGACAAGGAAAAAGAAGUAAUCGAAAGAGUUAACAAAACAACCGGUGUUUUCAACGAAGCAGGCAGUACUGUAAUGAAUGAAACACCACAGUUGGUCGAUAUUAUCUCGAUAUAUAUUCCUUCUCCAGAGAAUCUGGCUUCACAUCCAUGCAGUGCGAUGAACAAAUACGGGCACUGUUCUCAUUUUUGCGUUGUGACCGCCGUCAAUGAGAGCAUUUCCAACGAUUACGAGUGCUCUUGUCCCCUAGGCUUGAUUAUGAGCGACCGGCAAUGUGUCAGCGUACCAGUGUGCGGUCCUGAACAGUUUAUUUGUAACUCACUGAGUGCCGAAUGCAUGCCGCUAAUAUGGCGAUGCGAUGGCCAAACGGAUUGUCAGGACGGAUCCGAUGAAGUCAACUGUUCUGAAUGUAACAGACACCAGUUCAAAUGUCUCGAUGGACAUUGUAUAGACAAGAAUUGGGUGUGUGACGGUAACAGACAAUGUGCUGACGGCUCGGACGAAUCUCGUUGUUGUGAAGUCGGAUCGCUGACCAACGAUCGUUUCCAAUGUAUUUCAAACGGCCUUUGCAUAUUAGCCAAAGAAGUGUGUGAUGGAUGGAAACAUUGCGUCGAUGGAUCAGACGAAACGUUCUUGGCGUGUUCAAUGAUAAAAAACCUGGGCUAUAAUGUUAACCUCGCUGGCGACAAGUCAUUUAAGGGCACAUUGUUCUUCACCGUCAUAUUCUUCAUCUUGAUAUUCAUUGUGCUGUUAAUUGUCAUAUAUCGCUGUGCUAAAAGUGACCCUGAAAACACGCCCAGCCCGUCAAACAACAAUCUAGUUACGUACACUGCCAUACCCGUGCCGAGAGUGUUCGCUUCAGUAUCGGCUUACACUUCAAUACAAAACGGCACGCACAAAGAUUUAAUUUCACCGUCAAACUGUAGUCCGUUGAAUCCACCUCCGAGUCCUACCACAACAUUGACCAUCCAGACGAGCGAUUACUUGAGGAGUAAUCAAUAUUUGCACUACAACGACCGUUAUGAGCCGCCGUGUCCGACACUUUGUUCUCAAACUGACCUACCAACAGACAUGUACGACGAUUCAGAUUUCGCGUUGCCUAUCGAACCUAGCCCGCCUCCGCCUUCUCCGCGGUCUCAUUCGCCUUCGUCGAGCACUUAUUUCAGUCCAAAUCCACCACCGCCGUCGCCCAACAGUAGUCAAAAACAUUGAUUUAAGUGAAGAAAUAUUGAUAAUUUAUUGUUAUGAUGUUUAUAAUUUUUGAUAAUAUUUCAAUAUAUUUCUGUUGCGUACCUUUCGACAAAGUACGUGAUACAGGAGGAGGAUACCUUACCUACCUCAAUUGAUGUGCGACUGGCAUCACAAAACAAUUACUGACAAAAUUGAUGAGCUCUAAAAAAUGAUAUUUAUUCGUUACAGUGCAAUGUAUUUUACGAUUCUCAUGUUGUUAAGACUUUGAUAAUGUACAGGACUAUUGGUUACUUAUACCAGUAUAUGUAAAAUAAAAUAGACAACAUUUUGAUAGUUAUUUAUUAUUAUGCCAAUUAUAUGU